GUCCGGCCGUUAUUGGUCCUGGAUAAUUUUGGAAUGUGGAUACUGUUCGUUCACAGUGAAUCAGAAACGGAAACAAAGUGCGGUAGUUUCAAAGACCGUCCCGCUCCGGGGGUAGGAUCGUUUUAUUAAUUCCCAGGAGGCAAGUAUUUUUUAUAAAACUUGAACAAGAAUGCCAGCUCCACCUCCGCCUCCGCCUCCUGUCUUCAAUGCAUCUGGUCCUGGCGUAGCCGAUCAGGACAGGAAUCUGCUUCUACAGUCAAUUAGAGCUGGAAAAACUUUAAAAAAAACUGUAACUGUAGAUAAGAGUGCACCAGCAGUUAGUGGUAGAGUUAGAGGUGAACCAGGAAAUUCUUCUUUACACAGCAAAGAAAAUAGUUCCAAUGUAGCAAACAGUGGCGUCAAUGCAAGUAAUGGAGGACCUAUAGGAUUAGGUGGAUUGUUUUCUACUGGUAUGCCUAAAUUAAAGCCCAUAGGAUCUCGGAUGUCCUCAGGUGAAAAAAACAAUAGUAAUGUAAAUAAUACAAACUUUGGUCAAUCGACUGCUCCUAGCAUAAAAAGAGGUCCACCACCAGUUCCACCACCAGCCACUCAGAAGCCACAAUUAUUUGUUCAGAAGGCAAGCUCAAUGCCAGGACAAAGUACUACAGAUUCCGCCAGUUCCAACACGGAAGCACCUAAAGGAUUUGGAAAGCCUACACUUGCACCUAAACCACCUUCCACGUCAUCGUCUACAUUGCACAAACCGUCACCACCUCCCAAGAAAUUGAACUUAACCGGAGGAAGUGUAUCAAGAGCACAAAGUAUGCGAUUGUCUAGAUCACCUCCUGUUCUUGCUCCAACGCCACCUUCCCUUCAUCAGUCUCAGGAUUGCUUGAACGAGACUCAACCGAGGCCUACGAAUCGAAUUCUUAAGCCUCCGGUUGCGAAACCUCCUUCCCCACCUACUUCUAGAUCGAAUAGCACACCUAGUACGGCAACUAGGGUAGCACCACCCCCUCCUUCUAGAGUAACAGUUAGCGCCCCGUGUAUACCACCUCCGCCUCCGCCUCUUCCACAUCGUCCAGCUCCUACUCAUCAAAGACUGGCUCCGCCGCCACCGCCACCGCCAACACCUCCUACAAGGAGUUCUUCCAUGCGCAACGGACAGACAAUGAGCAUUCUAGACUUGGAAGUUCGAUUCGCGGAUAUGUUUCAUUCUAUCGCAAAUUUCCCGCCGCCGGAACAGUUUAAGGGGUUUACGAAAGUCUACAGCAGCAGAAAUGCUGCAAAACAACAAGCUCCUGCGCCACCCAUGCAAAUGUCUUCUAUAUCUAAUACAAUGGUACCAUUAAACACAUCAUCUGGAGGUUAACUGUGACAAUACAGUACUUCUUUGGCACAUGAAACUAAUUUGUUAUAUUUAUUAUGUUACGGUAUUAGUUUUAAUCAUUUUCAAAACAUUAUCACAACGAAAUGGAAAAUUUAGUUGAACGAGAAAAAGAAAGCAAAAGUACUACAACUAUUAUGUAUUUUGAAGUAUUAUGAAUAUUUUAUGUUUAUUAAAAAUAAAAUGUUGAUUUUAA